CUGCAUUUUUUCGUUGCCGUACCUUCUAGUUCUUUUGAUCCUGCACCUCAAAAAAAGUUGAAGACCUUCACCUAUACCUUCGGAUACAUCAUUGUGAUUUUGCGGUUUUUCACAAUUGCAAGUAGAAACUCGACCUUGAAAAUGUUAAUGCUUACUGUUGUUAUGGGUAUGUUUCGAUCAUUCUUCAUCAUCACCGCAAUGUUUUUGUUGGUCCUCUUUUACGCUUAUACUGGAGUUAUACUCUUUGGGAUGGUGAAGUACGGUCAAGCCGUCAGCAAGUACGUUUUACUUUAUUUAUUACUUAUCAUUUUUAUUUUUAUUUCAUUAUUUCGUUUUUAUUAUUUGUUAUUUUUGUUUUUAUUAUAUUAUUUUGUUUUUUAUUUUAAUUUUAUUUUCCGCUUUAUUUUUCGGAGCUAA